GAAAAAGGUCACGAAAGUGGUGCAUGUUGGGAGAACACGUGGAUAGCGGUACAAUUGAAUCGGAAAAGUUGUUUUGAUACUCCUCCUCCUCCGACGACUUAGUCAUCAUGGAUUCCAAAAAGGGCCAAAGCGGCGAUGACCGCUUCCAAAAAGUGAAAAAGGACCCACGCUUCUGGGAAAUGCCAGAGAAAGAGCACAAAAUCAAGAUUGACAAGCGCUUCCAGUCGAUGUUCCACGACGAUCGCUUCAAGCUCAAGUACACGGUCGACAAACGCGGCCGACCCGUCAACCACACCUCCUCCGAGGACCUGAAACGUUUCUACAAUCUCUCUGACUCUGAGGAGGAAAAUGAGGAUGGAAAGGAUAAAGAGAGGAAAACGAAGACACAAGCAAAGUUGGACCCUGGGGAGAGAGAGGAUAAGGUAGUGGAUGAGCCCAAAAAGCCUCUGAAGAAAGGAAAAGAUUCACAGUCCAUAAAGAGUGGACCUAAAGGAGACCAGCCUAUCAGAGGAGUCAGACUGUGUGAGGAGGAUGACGAAGAGGAAGAUGACAAGGUGCCUCACAUUGAGGGGGACGAUGUGGACCAGGCGGCCAGCAUCUCAGACGGCAGUGAGGAUGACGAAGAUGAUGACGAAGAUGAAGCAGAUGUGGAGAGUGACAUGGAGAGCGGCUCCGAGGAUGAGUCCGGUUCAGAGUUAGACGAGGACAGUGACGGCAGCGGGCCAGAUCUGGCCAGGGGGAAAGGCAAUGUGGACCAGGACGACGAUGAUGACUUGGAGGCCAUCUUGAAACGCGAGGAGGAGGAGAUCCAGCACGACUGGGGCGAGCUGUGCAAGGACGCGCCGCGGAGCGAGGAGGUAACCCAAAGGCUUGCCGUGUGUAACAUGGAUUGGGACCGGAUGAAAGCCAAGGACCUGCUGGCUCUGUUUAACUCCUUCAAGCCUAAAGGAGGGGUUGUGCUCUCUGUGAAGAUCUACCCCUCAGAGUUUGGGAAGGAACGGGUUCAGCAGGAACAGACCCAGGGUCCCCUGGAGCUGAUGGCCCUGCCGGAGGAUCCGGACAAAGACACAGAGGAGGAGAAGAUUUACAGAAAGAAGAUGCGGGACUACCAGUUCAAGCGGCUAAAGUACUACUAUGCGGUGGUGGAGUGCGAAUCGCUCGACACAGCCGCUAAAAUCUACCAGGAGUGUGACAGUUUUGAGUACGAGAGCAGCUGCUCUAUCCUGGACCUCCGGUUUAUCCCUGAUGAUGUGACGUUUGACGAGGAGCCAAAGGACUUGGCCACAGAUCUGGACCUGUCUGCCUACACCCCCAAGCUCUUCACCUCCACAGCAGCAGCCACGUCAAAGGCUUACCACGUGUCAGUUAAACAGCCAGAAGAGGCCAGCAAGGAGGUGGAGAAGGAGGCCAGGAAAGGGAAGCAGAGCAGUGGCAAGCAGAUAGAGAAAUACAGAGAGAUGCUGAAGAGCAUCCAGGAGAAAGACAAGAAGAAGGAGGAGGACAAGGGCAUGGAGAUGGAGAUCACAUGGGUACCAGGACUGAAGGAGACAACUGAACAGUUGGUGAAGAAGAAGCUAGAAGGAAAGGACAAGCUGACACCCUGGGAAGAGUUCAUUGAGAAGAAAAGGGACAAGAAAAAGCAGAAGAUGACCAAAGGAAAGCAGGAAUCAGAUGAUUCGGACCUCAGUGACGAUGCGCUUCCUCCAGACGUGGACUUUGAUGACCCCUUCUUUGCUGAAGAGCUUGGUUCUACAGAUCUGAAAAAGAAAGCAAAGAGCAAUAAAAACAAAAAGGUGGAGGAGAGGACACCUGAAGAGAAGGAGGAAUUGGAGAAACAAAAGGCUGAGAUGGCCCUGCUCAUGGACGACGACAAGCACAAACACUUCAACUACGACAAGAUCGUAGACGAGCAGAACCUGAGCAAAAAGAAGAGGAAGAAGCUUCUGAAGAAGGACAACACGAGUCUGGAGGAGGACGACUUCCAGGUGGACGUGAAUGACCCUCGUUUCCAGGCCAUGUUUACCUCCCACCUCUACAACUUAGACCCGUCCGACCCGGGCUACAAGAAGACCAAGGCCACCCAGAGCAUCCAGGUCGAGAAGCAGCGCCUCAGGGAGGAGUGCCAGCGCGACCAGGACAAGGCGCUCAGGAGCUCACAGGCCCCGCCCACACAGGUAGUGGGAGCAAAGAUACAGGAAACAAUUGCCAGUGGCCAGGCGGUGGCUGAAGCCACCAAGAAAAUGGACCCCGGACUAUCCAUGCUUAUCAAGUCUAUUAAGAACAAAACAGAGCAGUUUCAAGCACGAAAGAAACAGAAGACAAUGUAGGCCUUUCUAACUGGACUAUUGGGGACUACGUUUCUGGGUGAAAAGCUAUAGACUGCAGCCUUACGCUAUCCCUUUGUGUUGAAGCGACUGUUGGUGUGUGUGUGUGCGAGAGGCCUGAGACAAGCCUUGCCCAAUUUUAUUUUGAACUAUCUACAAGAGGCCUAAUCAGGAACACGAAGUUGAAGAUAGUUUGAAUGUGUAAUAUGCUAAUUAACAUUGAGACACUUGUGUAAAACAUGUUCUGGGGGACUGCCAACAGUAAAUGGUGGUUUCACGGAUCUCUGAAUAGUAUUUUUUACUCUUGCUCUAAAUUAUACAAACCUGCUCCAUAGCCCCAGUCUGAGCCCUUAAAAAUACUUAUAUUAAGACACUUCACACAAUUUUACAGAACUGGUUCAUUUUAUUUUUGAUAUUCAACAACAGUACACAUUCAUAGGUCCAUUGACACUGUCAAACUCACAGCACGGUGACACUUUAUACUGGUCAAAAAUAAAGUGUAUACAAGGAAGCAAGAUACAAAAAGGCAGUCCCAUUUGAAAAGAGGAACAAUAGUAGUGCAAACAAAAGUUAGCUAUAUACAUACAAGGGCUGACACUGAGACAGCAACAUACAUCAAGUAUCUUAAACCUCAGCACAGGUUUACAUUUCCGUUUGAUGUCUAUUCUCAAUUUAUUAAUCUCACAGAAAACCCAAGGGGAAACUUAGAGGUAACAAUACAAAAUCUUAGAAAUUGCACCAUCAAAAAUGUUUAAACUAUUUAUCAAGUUACAAAGUACAAAAAUAUUUGAUUAUACCCUAAGUAUCCUCUACAUCAACGUCGAUUUUUGCACAGGUUGAAAUAUCCUAUAUUGAAGUUGGUGUUUUCCUUAAAAUUAUAUGAAUGUUUGAAGUAAAAACAACAACAUACUAAUAAUCUUGUUAAACGAGAACAGUAAAACAAAAGAGUAAACAGUUAAAUGUGAACAAAUGCCUAUCCUUCAUUUAAAAUAAGAACAUUUUUGGUCACUUCAACCCAGUCCUACACUAGGUCCAGCAUACUCAUAAGGCAAUUGAAUAUUGAACUAAAUUGGAUGUUUGUUUUUCCCAAACCAGGUACACUUUUAAAGCCACAGUUAAGAGAUGAUGCUUUCUGAACAUCCGGAGGGGUGCGUUUACUGUGACCGAAAAGAAGUAGUGUUACGUUUCCUUCACGCUCGACACCUCAAGCGUAAAAGAUGAGCUCAGGGAUUUGCCCCCCCUGCACACCUGUCCCGUUGGUGCUGUCUGAAGAGCACUGGAACUGGAAGGUGACCUUGCCACACUGCACCUCAGUCAUGCCCUCCUGGCCAAAGUAGCUGAGCUCGUUGCCGUCCAGCACUACGCUGGCCGUGUAGAAUGUGUCGGGCUCGAUCUGCACAGGGUAUUCAAACCACACUGGGAAUGUGCUGCUGGAGCCGUCUGAAAAGUACUUGAUGAGGCUCUGGCCCAGCGGCACGCCCUGCCUUUUGAGUUCAAUCUUGGCGCUGUACUCUGCUGAGCCACAGCUGGAGCCGUACAGGCCGAAGCCGGCGAUGAACACUCGCUUGUCCACGGCGAACUGGAUGCUGUCGCAACGGCCCCGGUAGCGCCACUGGUUGCUCCGGUAGGCGCACGACUGGAAGCGGUGGCAACGCUGUGGCGCCAGGCCCUUGCGCGGCUUGCUGGCGAACAGCAGCUCAGGCUUCUUGGCGGCCGUGUACCACAGGAAGAUGUCAUUGGUCUCGUUGAGAGUCAGCACACCAGACUGUGCCGCACCGUUGGCAAAGUCAUCCAACGUCAUAGUGGGGAUGCGGAUCAGGUAGAUGGCCUUGCCCAGCGCCAGCCGUUUGUUCUCAAUGGUGGGCGUCAGGUCCUGGCGCUGGCAUUCGGCUUCGGCCCAGCUUAAUGCCGCCUCGAACACCACCAUCUCCUUGGCGUUGAGCGUCUCGCGGCGCAGGAUACUCUCCAGGGUCACCGAGUCGAUAUCUGUGAAGCCCUCGGAGCGCAGCGCCAGCUCAGCUUGGGCGUCGAUCACCUCCCAGCAGCGCUCCAUUAGGUCGGGCUCCUCAAACAGGCAGCUCUGGGAUAGCAGCACACAAGCGUUCUUGGCACUCAGGCUCGUCUCCAGGAAGUUGACGCAGGCCCGAGCCAGGUGGGGCACAAUAUACUUCUUGGCGGCGUAGAGCGUAGCCAGGACCGUGUCGGCACACAGGUCGAUCUCGUCGCAGUAGAUGUACCUGCCAGAACAGAGUGGGGAGAGUCAGAUGAGGGCUCGACAAGUUCACUUCAACUUCUCAUUUAUGGGAAGGCUAACUUUAUAAUUUCACAUGCCCUUGCAUUGUCUGCUGACUAGUCAAAGGAAGACAUUCUAACCUGAAUACAACAUUCUGAAAUGUACAAUGAACACUCGGACUGCAUCUAAUGAGACGUCAGGAGGCGCCGGCCACUUACUUCAGCAUGGCUAGGAACGAGGGAGGCUCCACAUCAGGGAUACGGAUCUCUUCCUUGUCCUCUGCCAGUUCACCGUAAAACAUGGCGUGGAACACAGAACUCCCCACAGCCAGCACAUACUGAGGGACAACAUGGAAGAUAGGGAGUCACAUGAGAGAAAGAAUAGGAGCAAGUUAUAGUGGGAGGACAGAUAAGGGACAGAAGGUGGAGAGAAUAUACAUUUACACAUGAAUUAUGUAAGAAAUGUAGAGAUUUGCAAAAGGAUUUAGCAUAAAGAGGCAGGUGUGGAGAAAUAUCAGCCUAUUGCAUUUUAUUUUACAUUUUGUCAUUUAGCAGAUGCAACAGAUAAAUGUGUCUGUACAUGUUGUGCUUGGUCAUGCUCGGUUAAUUACUCACAUACAUUGGACAGGUUUAAAGGUGACAUUACCUUGUGCCCAGGUACUUGCUGAGUCCCUCCUGGGGGGCCAACGAUAAAGUGAACAUCUGCCAUCAACUCAUUGUUGAACAUGACUGAAUUCCUGUGAAAGCAUGAGUCAUAUGUCGAUGCCAUCACAUUCAGACUUUAGUAUCUGCACGUAUGAGCUGGUACACCCAAUAAAUGGGUUUUCUUUGGCCAUUUUAAAUCUAUUAAAACGUACACAUCGUCUCUCCUCAAAAGGCAUUAGAUUCCCAGUUUAACUACUGCUUACUAGGGUCACCUACCUCUCUCGGAUGGUAGGAUAGAGCCCUUGCCAAUUGCAGCUGUGAAUAGUGUUGUUGUUAUUCCGGUUCUGCUGCUGGUAUUGCUGCACAACUGUGUUGGUUGAGGUUGCCGGGCCCAGCUUCUUGGUGGAAAAGAGCUCUGCAGCCAUCUUCACCCCACUAUUUAUUGUUAGGGUGAUCUCAUGGCAGGAUGAGGCUGCGAUUGUUGGGGCAAUCUUUUAAAACUGCCUUUAUGUGACGAUCGUGGCCGACCACUGGAAAGGACUAAAAAAAGCUAGCCACUGCAACAACGUUCUAACGUUAAAUAGUACGCAAGGUAGUCUUACAAUACAUGCAAAAAUACACACGACAAAACAUCUAGCUAUAUUCUAGAAUUUAAAGUUGUUUAAAUCCUCGCUUAAUUUUAGACGUAUUAGCUAGAUAGCUACUUGUAGCUAGUUUGCUAACGCUAGCUAACUGCUGGACUGCGGUCAAAACCGGCCAGAUGUGAUACAGGAAGUGGCUAAUGAACGCUUGUUUGUUGAAUUUGCCAAAACCGGGAAAGGUAGCUAGCUAUCCUCUUAACGGCCGCAUUUGACGUCUAGUACCUAUCACCAAUCGUAACGUGGGCGCCCGACGAUUGUAUGAAACGUUUCCACAUCCAAGUAGCUAGCUAGCUUGCUACACACAACUCGAGUGUACACGAUACACAUCUGCCAGGCACUACUGUUUAGGUGUCAUACAAAUUUAUACCACCACACUACGGGCGAAGGAGGGCUGUACUCCUGUUUUUUUCUUUGUAGAAUGCUGAACAUGAAUCCUUUAAAAACUAUUGUUAAUUUUUGUGAUAUUGAUAAAGAAGAACAAUAUUCAAGCUGAUUGUCAAUUAAAUAUUUUUGUGUAGGUAUUGAAGUUAUUUCAAAAAUAAAUGUGACCGUGUAUGCGAGUGUU